GUUGUAGGUGAGAGCGUUGUGCAUCAUGAUCAUGCACACGCCACACGGCAUGUUCGCCCGUCCAUCAUCAGAGCGAGCUUUCUGCAUGAUCAGCUGUUUCAGCAGCGACCUCUGUCCAGUCGGUCGGAUUCACUGGUCGUCCGUGCUGCCCUGGGUGAAUUUGUGUUUACAGUGCUGGAUAGGCCGUUGGGGUGACCGUCAUCUCCGGAGUGACUCACUUUCCACUCUGGAAUCGGCUUGGGACUUCUAGAUCCGAGGGCGGAAGUUCGACCCCCGGACGGCACUCGACACCAGAAAGACGUCGGUUCAUCAGAGACGUCGAGGGAGGAGCUUUUUUUCUUUUUUCAGCAGAGUCGGCAACUUUUGCCCGCUUUCUUUCACCGAGGAGGCGCUGCCCGCUGGAUGCCGUCUGACUGUCGCCAAUCGCCACUUUCUACUCUUUACGGCGUUUUCUACGGACGGACCUACGCUCUGAGCAUCCAGCAAUGGAGACGGACGAUAAUGAAACUUCGAGUUCAGGUGGGGCGAUGGCCUCAUUGAACAGCCUUUUUUCAUUCACUAGUCCAGCUGUUAAAAAACUGCUAGGCUGGAAGCAAGGAGACGAAGAAGAAAAAUGGGCGGAGAGGGCAGUCGAUGCUCUCGUUAAGAAGUUGAAGAAAAAAAAAGGCGCUAUCGAAGAUUUAGAAAGGGCGCUGAGCUGCCCCGGACAACCCAGCAACUGUGUUACCAUACCAAGAAGCCUCGAUGGAAGGCUGCAGGUGUCCCAUCGGAAGGGUCUUCCUCAUGUUAUUUAUUGUCGGGUUUGGAGGUGGCCUGAUUUGCAGUCGCACCAUGAGUUAAAGCCGUUGGAGCACUGUCAGUACCCAUUUUCGGCAAAACAAAAGGAAGUGUGUAUUAAUCCUUACCACUACAAAAGAGUCGAGAGCCCUGUCUUACCACCUGUUCUUGUACCAAGGCAUAGCGAGUUCGCACCAGGACAUUCGUUAUUGCCUUUCCAACAGUUGCCAGAACAAGCAAUGCCGCAAAAUGUGUCGUAUAGCGGAAGCGGUUUCAGUGGCGCCCCUAGCUCUCCGUUGAGCAGCGUUCCCAGCCCGGCGACGUCGAAUCCUCACAGCCCGUAUUCAAACAAUGGCAUCCCAGAAUCGCCGCCUCCAUCAUACCCUUCGUCUGAUGAGAGUAAACAUGUACCAUCACCGCCUUCGGACCAAAGCGCCAUGGAUACCUCUUCCCUUGCUGAAGUUGCUCCUGUAUCAUAUCAAGAGCCGCCAUAUUGGGCCAGUAUAGCGUAUUACGAAUUAAACUGUCGGGUUGGUGAAGUUUUUCACUGUCAAGCUCCUUCAGUAAUUGUCGACGGAUUCACCAACCCAAGUAGUAUAUUAAAUAGGUUCUGUCUGGGCCAACUUUCAAAUGUAAAUAGAAAUUCUACAAUUGAAAAUACAAGACGCCAUAUAGGCAAAGGCGUGCAUUUGUACUAUGUAGGGGGCGAAGUGUAUGCAGAAUGUCUUUCCGACAGUGCCAUAUUUGUACAGUCACGCAACUGCAACCACCACCACGGUUUCCAUCCGAGCACUGUGUGCAAAAUACCAUCGGGCUGUUCGUUGAAGAUAUUCAACAAUCAGGAGUUUGCACAACUUCUAUCGCAGAGCGUCAAUCACGGGUUUGAGGCAGUAUAUGAGCUCACAAAAAUGUGCACUAUUAGGAUGUCGUUCGUCAAGGGCUGGGGUGCCGAAUAUCACAGGCAGGAUGUCACCAGCACACCGUGUUGGAUCGAGAUCCAUUUGCAUGGACCUCUUCAGUGGUUGGACAAAGUUCUCACACAAAUGGGAUCGCCCCACAAUCCUAUUUCUUCAGUAUCAUAGGUUUGGAUUAUUGGAAGUUUGGUGUACCGAAGUUCAGAUUAGGGAGAGAGCAGUGAAUUGAGUAAAAACUGGAAGUAUCUCAAAACAACAAUGAAAAAUUAGACUUACCUAAUGUUUAACAUCAUUUAGGACUUAGUUUGAUUAAAAAUUUUGUGAAAAUAAG